AUGCAAGUGGCCAGCUUGCAGACCUCACAAAAUGCGUGCACAUUCUGCAGGAAACGAAAGCGGGCUGCUUCCACCGAAGAGACUCAGAAUCAAGCAGCUUCAGCCUACAUCUUCACAUCUUCGGAUAGUCCGAGAUUUCCGGAAGCCUACUUCCUGGAUCAUCGAGUAUUUCAGCAAAACGGCCAGUCAGCCCCAGGUGUACGAUUGCUUGCUUCACCGCAAAUCGCGACUUUCGUAGGGGAUCUGCAGACUAUAGUAGCGGAGUAUAUUCAGAGGAUACAUUGGUGGAUACCAAUUCUCUCGCGAAAUCAACUGCUGCUUUCUCUGGAAACACCCACUGCAGAGACGGAAACCGACUUGCUUCUUUUGGUUCUAGCAAUGAAGGUUAUCCUUUGGAAUCCAUCGACCCAGCACUCAACAAACCCAAGGACAGAAGGAUAUUUGUUAGCGCGUCGUGCAAUUGAUGAAGCAGUCUUAGCUGGAGCCAUGUCUUGCCGACUGCUUCAAGCCCAAAUUCUCUUGGCCAUUUUCGAGCUUGGACAUGCAAUCUAUCCAGCGGCUUACCUCUCAGUUGAUCGCUUGGGCAUCGAAGAGCGAAGGAGGGCGUGGUGGAUGGUCCUUAUUUUGGACCGAUUCACACAGCUCGGUAAUCCGCAGCGGCCGCUUUCCACUGCCGAUCCUCAAAGAGAUAGUCUCCUGCCAUCCGACGAGGAAAAUUUUGAUCAAGGGGUAAAGUUUCAGGUUUCGAACAUGAUUCGUGUUAUGAUUCGUAUACUUACGCUUGACAAAACCCUUAAUGCUCUGCUUAACCUAUCCUAUGCAGAAGGAGAGAUUAGACGAACCGCCGUGUGCGCUCAAACGUCUAUUUGCUAUAGUGGUCUUAUCGCUCUUCAUGAUCCACAAUCUUCACGGAUCGACCAACAACACAUGCAGUUCGCCAUUGAUAUGCUGAUGCCAGUAGUUGAGUCCAUGGCCUGGGAUUCUAAGAUAUUUCUCAGCGGAUUUCGCGUUUCUGUAGCAGACGCCUCACCGCUUUUGCUCCUGUGGGCGUAUCAAGCCAGUACCAUCUACAACCGUCUUCUAUCUCAAUAUCAAAAAGAAUCGCUGUUCCUGCUGUACCAAAUGAAGUUGAAGCUUCGGGUAAUGUCGCAACGGUGGCUUGCCGGAGCGAUUACUCGUAAGCCGUGCUUUUAA